AUCGCUGAUCUGGAAACAUUCGCAAAAAUCAAUAAAACUUUAGCUCUUCGAGUGCAAUGUUUAAGAUUUAUUGUUAAAUUUCGCUAUUUUAAAAAGAUAAAGAUUAAGUUAGAGUUCAAUAAAUUUACUUGCAGGGUUAUUUUAUAAUUUUUGCUCAAUUGUUACUUUUUCAAGAUUUUUUCUAAUUGUUACUUCUAUUUUAAGAAAAACUCUUAAAAUGAUUAUUGAUGGUAUGGAUGCUUUAAAGCUUUGGCUUUCUAAGAAGUUAGAACCAAUUUGUGAUGCUGAUCCUGUGGCUCUUGCAAAGUAUGUUAUUGCUCUUAUUAAAAAAGAUAAAUCAGAGGCUGAGCUUAAAGCUCUCUGUGAAGAUCAGUUAGAUGUUUUCUUGGGUGAUCAAACAAAGAAUUUUGUGGCUGAUCUCUUUGUAAGUUUGACUACCAAAUCAUAUUUACCUGCAGUUCCCGAAGUUGUUAGUGAAAAUGUUAUUGCUAAAACUAUUAAUGAGCAGAACAAAGGAAGCAAACGAAAAUCAAUAGACGAUUCUGACGUAGAAAAAAUUCAAAAAACCGAAAAUAGAACUGAUGUUGGAAAAACAGAAUUAACUCCAAUGCCAAAUGAAGUUUUAGAUAAGAAACAAGUUUCUAAUGAUUCCAAAUUAGAUUCAAAUGAGAUAAAUAAUGAUAAAAAUAAAAAAACAUUUAAAGAAUCAAAUAUUCUUAAACCCAGAAAUGGUGUCAAAAAUGAAGUAGAUUUGGAAAAAGGAAAUUCUCAAGAAAGAGCCUUAAAAAGUAGUUCUCCGAUACAAUCAAGACGAAGACAUUCUUCACGCCAUGGUUUAUCUAGGUCUCCCAAUAGAAUGAGUCGUCAUUCAAGAAGCUCCCGAAAAGAUCGUUCAAGGCGUGAGCAUGGAGAUAAAAGUAGAGAAAGACGAACUAGACGUAAAGAAAAAGAAAAGUGUAGGGAUUAUGAAGAAAAAGGAUUUUGUAUGCUUGGUGAGGUUUGUCCAUAUGAUCACGGACAUGAUCCUCUUGAAGUAGAUGAUACUAAUUUACCACAGAUGCUUACUUUGGCUGGUUUGCCUGCAGCCCAACCUCAUCAAAAUUUUGUACAGCAACCUCCGCAACAUCUGCAAUUUCUGCCAAAUAUUUUACCUUCUCGACCUAUAGUACCGUCUGUUCCUGGUGCCCUAUCACUAAACACGGGUUUAACUACAGUACAUGUACAAAAACAAACACCAAUUCCUUCACCUAUUGAAAUGAACAGGAACCAGGUUCCAAUUUUUCGACCUAGAAAUUCAGUUGCCUUCAUAAAAAACAUUUCUCCAGCUUCAACUCCUGGGUCACAGCAACUUGUUUGUGCUGGUGAAGCAUAUAACCCUGAAGCUCCUGCUAUUGAAGCUACAGAAUCAAGUGUUAUAAAAAAAGAUAAUUCUCUUUCUUCUAAACAUGAAAAAAUUGAAUCUGAUAACAGAACACACGAUGAACUUAUUCAAAUUGCUAUGGGUAAUGUACCUUUAACACCUAUAGUUGGCUCCCAACCAAAUAAUAUUUUCCAAUUAAAUAAUGCAAUGAGUACAAUGUCUCAAACUCAAAAUCAUCAACAAGCUUUCCAAAUGUAUCAGAAUGUUCCUGUUCCUGAUAUACUUCAACAGGCUUAUCUUCCUAUGUCCUUAACAAAUCAACAGCAGCAGCAACAAGCAUUUCAUAUUCAAAUGCAAUUGCAACAACAACAAGUUGCUAUGAUGGCACAUCAACAGCAGCAGCAACAGACUCUGCAAAUACCCUCACGUCAACCUUUUCAUAAGAAUACAGUGUUAGAAAUUCGCAAAAUACCUGCAAAUUUAAAUAAUAUUGUUAAACUUAGUGAACAUUUCCAAAAGUUUGGUGUAAUAACAAAAAUACAGACUCCAUUUGAUAAUGACCAACAAGCAGCUCUGUUAGAAUUUGCAACAUACCAACAGGCAACAGCUGCCUACAACUCUCCUGAAGCUAUACUUGGCAAUCGAUUUAUCAAAAUGUUUUGGCAUAAUCCUAACAAGCAACAAAAAAGUUCAAACAGCAAUCAACAAGCAGUCAAAGUGACGAAUAGCCAAGAUGCAGCUGUUGAACAACAAGCCCCUAAACCCAAAAAAAUUGCAUCUUCAGAUGAAUUAAUUUAUAGAAAUCCAAAAGUUGAUCCUCGUUUUAUUCAACAAGAAAAAAAAAAAGAAUUAGAAAAGCUGAAACUAGAUCUUGUAAAGAAAAAACAAUUCCAUUAUGAAGAAUUGCUUGUGAAGCAAAAGGGCAUCUUAAAAAAAUUGCAAGAUGGAAAGUCACUCUCAAAAGAACAAAAAGAAAAAUUAUUAAAGGCAUUUAAGCAUUGUGAUGUGGCAGUGCAAAAAUUAAAGAAAGAACUUAUAGAAGAAUCUCAAGUAAAACCCAAAACAACCAGUUUGUUGCGUCAUAUUAAAGAUCCAAAAAAAGAAAUUUUGGAUCGUGAAAUAGAUAUAUAUCAUGGAAAUUUGGACGGUGAUGAAUUAGAAGAAGCCAAGCGUGCAAUAGUGUUGCUUAAAAGACAGAUUGGAUUCAAUCCAAGAGGACGAGGAACUCAUAAAAUACGAGGGCGUGGUUCAAGUAUGUGGCAGCGUGGACGAGGAAGAGGCGGAUUUAAAAGCAAUAUUUUAGAUAAUCGUCCAAAACAACUUCAAGUUACUGGGUUUGGCAUUGAUGAAAAGGAAUCUGUUAUAGCACAUUUUGCUACAUUUUCUCAAAUGGAUCGUAUUGAAGAAACAACUCCUGAUAAGUUAAUUCUUACUUUUCCCACUCGACAGUCAGCUGAGAUGGCUGCUGCUCGUGGUGUGAAGUUUAAUGGUAAACAGUUAGCAUUAUCAUGGUUUUAUGGUCAUCCUAAAACUUCAAUAAACAAUGAUACUCAAGUAAUGCAUAGAAGAACAACACGUUCAAUGAGCUUAUCAGAAAAAGACUUAGAAGAUGAAUUGUUAGAGCUAGACAAAGAUGAAGAAGAAAUGUUAUUGGCAGUUGAUGAUGAUGAUGAAGAUGAGGUUAUAGAAAGAUCUUGGAAGCGAUGAUUUUAUUUUUAUUUAUGGAAUUUACUAUUAUUUAUAUUAAAAUGUUAAAACAUUUUUUAUAGGUUUUUUUAAAUAAUGUUUUCAAACUUUUCAAAUCUAGUUUCACUUUUCGAUUGUUAUUUAUUUUUGUAAAAUUUGUUUUUAAACUAUAUAAGGCCAGUUUUGCUUAUUCAUUCUGAACCUUUAUAGCGUUUUCAUUUUAAAUCCAUAUAAUUUUUUGAUAUUAAAUGUUUAUUGCAUUGUAUAUAUAUAAAUAUAUUAUUUUCUUGAGUUUGUAAAAUAACAGUGAAGGGUGACCUGCUUAAAAAAGAAAAAUGAAACAAAAUGAGAAAAGAAAGAAAAGAAAAAGAAAAAAAAAUAGCGAGUCACCUAAUUUAUUGUAAACUGUUGUUAAUUAAAAGAGAAUGUAAACAUUAUAUUAGAAUAAUAAAAGCCUAAAUGGCUUAAAAGAUUAAAAGAUAUAAAGAAAAUAUAAUUUCAAAAGAGGUUACAAAUAACCCUAAA